UUGCCGCGCAUUUAUGUAAAGUCAUAACACACAAGACUUGAUUGAAAUGUGUAGUUUAUGUUGAAGCAACAAUAUUUGUUUUCGAAAUGUUAUUGAGGUCUUCUUACUUAGUAUUGCAAAAUAGUUCCGUCUGCUGUACAACGAACGUAAUACGUCACUUGCAAUGCCGAUCGCCACUCCAUGCCGCAGGACUGGUUGGUCAAUGUACGAAAUGGAAAGUACAAAAAACUCAAACACCUCUGACCCGCUUUUCACACCAACUUAGAACAUUCCAUAGUAGCCCGAUUCGAAAUCGCAAGAACGACCUACAGAAAUACACACAGAAAGCAAAAAGAUGGAUUUUUGAUGCCCAGGUUCAACUUGACAAGCUGGUUGAGUCUGUUUCACCUUCAGCUAAAAAAAUAAUGGAUAACCUCGUUGCAGGUUUUCGACAUGAGUGGGCGAAUAUUCAAUCUUAUUGGAAAAUAUCGAAAAGGAAAUACAACCAUCCUGGAAGUUACAUCAGCUAUAGAGAAGAAAUGACAAUCUAUAAUUUAAACCAGGAUGGCAUCAAAGCUGCGCCACUUUUACCGAUCGCCGUGUUACCAAUGGGAUUCUUCCUUAUACUGAUACCAGUGUACUUUUUUCCACGUCUUGUUCUGCCCCAAACAUUUUGGUCGAAACAUCAACGAUAUAAAUUUCUUUCACAAAUCCAUCGCAGUAGAAUUCUUGACUAUGGUGUCAUCAUUCAUCAUCUUAACUAUCAUAAACUGAACUCUGAUCAAAACACCAAAUAUGCUCUUGAAGGAAUUUGCAACUCACUAGCAGGCGGCAAUAUUCCCUCAAAUUCUGACAUGUUAAACAACUUGAAACCUUUAUGCAAGCUACACGAUGGGCCGUGUAAUGUGGAUCAUAUGGUGUACGUUUUAUUGCGUGCGUUUUGUCGUACAAUCAUGGUUUCAACGUAUCAACCUCCAUCAUGGCUCAAAUAUCGCUUGAGGAAAAAUGCCUCGCUCGUCAUCAGUUUGGAUCACAAAUUAAGGAGAGAAGGCUUACUUAACAAUCUGAGCAGUUUGGAACUAUCUACGGCAUCGAUGAUGAGGGGUAUUGACGGUGCAGAGUUGUCGAGGGAAGCUCAACUAUAUUGGUUAAACAACUGGCUUCAAAUAACUAAAACAUGUGAUGACGACGAUGCUUGGUUUGUCCUUCACGCAAUGGUUCUAAUGUCGUACAACUACAGCGAGCUUAAGUACCAGCGACGAGCGUUUGGUUGAAAGUUGUUGAACCAACAUUAAGUAAACGACGGCAACAAAGUUUCCAGGAAUAAAACCCGAACGGGGUGUUUUUAUUUAUUGCAAUUUUCAUGAGGUUUCUAAUACACCAAAUCUAUAUUA